AUGUCAUUCUUCUCCUCCAAGAAGAAGAAGGAGUCUGCCCUCAACACGAGCGGCGGUGCUCCUUCCUCUGCAGCCAAUACUGCGCCCGCUCAGCCUCCUAGCAACGCCAACACCACAGGCAUCCCUGCCUCGCGGACGAGCCACGAUCUCGCCGCUUCACCGCCGACUCACGUCGUGUCCCAAUUGGGCAACCCGUCAAGCCAGACGCAAGGCGGCAGAACGCUCAGCCAUCCUUCUUCCGCGUCCCAGAUGGGUGCUCUCCCAUUGCCUGGUCAAGGUGGCAUGCCUGCACGCAACGGUGUCCCGAGCAAUAGAGCCACGAUGCCGCCUGGUGCAGGUCCUCCAACAGCCCAGAUGAUGCAGCCCAACUCACAGUACGCGAGACAAUCCGCCCUGCCCUCUGGCGCGGUUGGCGGUCAGCCUGGCGCGCCAGGAUACAAUUCGCUACCUGCCAACGCGACCAAACCCCUAAGCAAUGCAGUACCUUCGCAAGGCAAAGGCGCGCCUAGUAUUGUCUAUCCUUGGUCUCAGCGAUCGCUGCAUCUGCUGCCCAUUUCGCCCUUUCCAGAUGGAUCGCCCCCGAAUGCCGCCAAAGCGACCGCGCGACAGCCCUCACCAAUGCCGUUUCCUCGCUAUGGUCACUCCGUCAAUCCACUCGCUGCUCCAGGGUCAGGCGACAUAUACGUCUUUGGCGGCUUGGUCGCCGACCAAGUCAAGAACGAUCUAUACGUCUUGCAAGCCAAUCCAAACUCGACUAGCACGCCAGGUCUCGACAAGGGCGCGCCCGGUACCCUCAGUGUCGGGCUCGUCGAGACCAGAGGGGAGAUUCCUGGGCCUCGAGUGGGUCAUGCCUCCGUGGGCGUGGGCAACGUGCUCAUCAUCUGGGGCGGUGACACGAAGCAAUCGCCGGACGAUAUACAGGACGAUGGCCUUUACCUGCUCAACCUGAGCACACGCGAGUGGACGCGUGUCAAGGUAGCUGGGCCGGCACCGGAGGGACGGUACGGUCAUGCGGCGGCCAUGGUUGGCAGUCGCUUUUACGUGUUUGGAGGCCAGAAAGAUGACGGAGAGUUCCUCAAUGACAUGUGGAGUUUCGACCUGCAAAAUUUAAAGACCGGCAUGCCGCGAUGGCAAGAAGUACGAUAUGCUGAUAUCGAGUCGGCGCCACCGCGCAGAACUGGUCAUACUUCUAUCACACACGGUGACUGCAUUUAUAUAUUUGGUGGCACGGACGGUCAAUAUCACUACAACGAUACCUGGUCGUUCGAUACAAUCACGACAAAGUGGACAGAAUUGUCCUGUAUUGGCUAUAUACCUGUGCCUCGCGAAGGGCAUGCUGCCACGCUGGUGGACGAUGUCAUGUACGUCUUCGGCGGUCGUGGCGUCGACGGCAAAGAUCUCGAAGAUCUCGCAGCAUUUCGGAUAACGAAUCAACGGUGGUACAUGUUCCAGAAUAUGGGGCCUGCGCCUUCCGGCAGAUCAGGCCAUGCUAUGGCUACCUGGCAGAACAAGGUCUUCGUGCUCGGCGGCGAAUCAUACACGACGCAACGCGCCGACGACCCCGGACUGGUACAUGUCUUGGACACUGGCAAGAUCAAGUAUCCGCCUGACAAUUCGCGUCAAAGCCAGAGCGCUGCUACUCGUAAGAGUACCGUGCCUGGCGCUGCGCCGUCCAGAACGAUAUCGCCCACAACGACGACCAACGAGACACAAGCUAGUCUGCCGCCUGCUGUCUCGUCGGCUGCUAUAGCAGGAGCCGCAGCAGUCGGCGCGGGAGGCGUUGCCACUGCGGCAGCCGCCCACACGGGUCGAACUGCCAGCAUAGACUCGAGCAGUUAUGCCCGUCAGCGGCAAGAAUCCGCGCAGAGCUACACAAGCCAGCAAAGCCAGAGCAGAGUGCAGACAUCACCCACCGCCAAGAAGGCAGGCAGCAUUUCGAUACCAGGCGCUAUGCCCGAAGAGGACUCCUCUGUCGAGACCGGUCAUCGUAGUGGUGGCGAACAAUCUAAUCAUUCAGCCUCCCCCCGGCCUGGCGAUAAGCGCAGUCUACCGAAUGGCGUACAGAACCAAGCAUCUAGCCGGCUUGACAGAGGCGCAGAAGAAUUCGCGACUCAGUCUCAGCCACUUGCACAGGUGGCACCCCCUGCUGAUGCAUUCUACUACAGCCCGAAUCAGUCUACCGUCGCCACAAGCUCGCGCGAAUUGGAAACUCUUCGAAACAAAGACAAGUGGAUGCGAGCCGCAUUGAGCGAUGCCACCGCCAGAGGCUUUGUCACGGAUCCGUCCAAUCUCGAUGAAGACGUAUCUGCCCCCGGUGAAAGCAGAAGCACUGCUCGCGCUGUCGAGAUGCUCCUUGCUUUGCGCCAAGAACUCGCAUCAGUCAAGACACAUGCAAACGAACGAGUCGAAGCUGAACAACGCAAGACAGCAGAGGCUUUGCGCGCACGCGAGACGGCCAUACAAGAUGCAGCGUACUACCGUACAAAAGCCUUGUCUUACGAGUCUGGCUCGGCUGGCGAUGUCAACAAAAUCGACCGCGAACGUAAUGCUGCUGUUGAGCGCAAAGCUAUCGAGGCCGUGCAAACCCGAAAUGCUCUCGAACGCGACCUUAAGCAGCUACAGAUCGAGCUUGACAACGAGAGAAAGCUUCGUCUGACAGCUGAGGAUAUCGCGCACGAUGCAGAUACGCGAGCUAAUCAUGCGACGACUUCACACAGCAGCCUGGCACAGCAGCACCAGACAUUGCAAGAGUUGCUGCGGCAGCACGAGACCGAUCUGCACGACCACAAAUCCCAGGUUGCGAUGUUGACGUCUUCGUCGCGCGGUCUAGAAGCCUCUCAUGCCGAGGUCUCCGCAAAGCUCGCAGAUCGCAAUGAGACUAUCGAAAAGUACAUCGAUACUGUGCAGCAGGCUCAGAACACAGUCGAGACGUCCAAUGCCAGAGCUACAGAACUCGAAGCGCUGUGGGAGAAGACUCGCGCAGAGCUAGCUCAGGCAAAUGUCCGAGUGCAACAAUUGGAGACCGAGUUGCAGAACAGCACAGCAUACGCUGCAGAUGCAGUGGCGCGACACGAGGAAUCUCAGCGAGCGCUUAACGCGCUGCAAAACGAUCAUCAGUCCAUGCUUGCUAUGAGCACAAGCCACAUGACUGAUCUGGUCACCUCGCAUCGCGAGAUGGCAAGCCGUGCCAUGACUGUACACGAACACGAAGCUCGCAUCUCUGCCGUUGCAGCAGAAGCCGCAUCGCUCAAGUCGCUGCACGAAGAAUCCCUUGGUCGAGCGGAUAAUGCUCAAAAGGAGCUCAACGUGCUUCGCCAGCAAUACAUCGAGCUUGACUCGCAGCUACAUGCUACUCGCGCUGAGCUAGCGGCCACGAAGGCAAGGCAUGCGACUGCACUCACACAGGCAGCCCAGACACGCAAAUCGCUGGCAGAGCGCGAGCUCGAGACCGAGCAACACCGCGCGAACGCAGAAGAGGCGCACGGUCGCGUCACCUUAUUACAGAAUUUGAUGGCUGAUCAUGGCAUUUCCCCCGACGAACCAAGCAAUGGUACGAAGGCACAAGCUGACGCUCGGAUCAUCGAACUCGAGAGCCACCUCAACGAUCGCGAGAAUGCCCAUCGCAACUUAUCUGCUCUUCACGCAGAUGUCACAGAUCGCGCGGCAAAGGUCGAAGAAGAGCUGUCUGCUCUUGGUGAACGCCAUCGCCAACUUGAAGGCACUCAUCUUAAGGCAGUCAGCUACGUCAAAGGUACCGAGAAAAUGCUUCGCAGAAUGAAGGAUGAGCUGUCGAAGUACAAGGAGCGGAAUGCCCAGCUGGAAGCACAGAUUGCGCAGCAGACCCCCACUUCGGAGUACGAAUCUCAGAUUCAAAACCUGCGAAGCCAGCUUGCAGACGUGCAAAUACAGUCGCAGCGUACUGUUGACGAUCAUGGCAGACUACAAGCACAGAUGCGAGGCCUACAAUCUCAGCACGAGUCUGCGCUAUCUCAACACCGCGAGGAAAGCGCGCAAGAGAUCGAGCGACUUCAGACGGAAUUACAGACUUUGCAGGAUGCGACCUCCAGCUUGCGAUACGAGCUCGACGCGGCGCACAACGCCAACAGUGAUCUGCGCUCGCAGCUGUCUCAUCGCGGGCUCGAUGCAUCGAAGCGCAGCUCCGGCGAUAAGGGUCUAGCCGACGCCCUGCGCUCCGCAGAGGGCAAGAUCGACUGGCUCGAGCAACAAAACGGCCAUCUCGAGCAGCGAUGUGGCGAGUACGAAGCCAAGAUCAAUCUGUUGCUCGACCAUCUCGAUUCGAGUGACCAACAUGAAGGCAUCGACUCGCCAGAGCUGUCGAUGAGCAGCCUCCGACAAAGUACUCAUGACUGGCACGACCUUAACGACCGACGUAUGAACGGACAAGCAAAGCACUGA